AUGCUCAGUGAAAGAAUCCAAAGGAGAGACAUGAAUGCAUCUCAGUCGUUUUUCACACCCGUUGUGAGUUCCAGCAGCAGCAGCAGCAGCAGCAGCAGCAGCAGCAGCAGCAGCAGCAGUAUCACAGAGGCGCCUCCGCAUCACCAUCGCCACUGUGCAUCUCUAGCACCACGCGACUCGGCGGGGAGCACAGCGACUGAGCACCCUGCUGACAACACCGAUGACACCCUCCUCGUUGUCAGCACUAAGACCCCCCUCUCGCAGCGAUUGCGCACGCGCCACAGCCACCGGUCCAACGCCGACUGCUUCGCCGGUGAUUCGGAGAGCACACUGGGUGUAGUGCGAGCGACUGAUUUGACGCUGUGUUGUGACAGCGUCAGUGUGCAGCUCAAUCAGCGUGACGUCAUUGACGAGGUGUCCUGCCUCUUCCGCGGUGGUCGCGUCACGGCGGUAGUGAACUGCUGUGGCACACACACUGCAUUCGCUCUGCUCGCUGUGAUGGCAGGGAUGCUGGAGAGCGCUGCAGGCAACGUAGUGCUGAAUGGCAUCCCCGUCUCCGCAUCGACGUAUCAGGCGCAGACAAGCUUCCUGGAGGACGGCGGUGAGAUCUCAAGGAAAGAGGAAGAGAGCAGCAGCAGUGCCACUGUGGCGUCGGACGGCCUCCUCGUGGAACUCACAGUGCGCGAAAAUCUACAGUACACCAGUGCGUUGCGCGUUGCCAACUCCGCGCAGGCGUAUUCGGUCGAGGAGGUGCUGCAGCAGCUGUUGCUGAGACCCCAUGAGACAUCCAAAAUCAAAGACUGCUCUCUUUACGUGCGACGCCGUGUCGCCCUAGGGAGGGCGUUGCUGCUCAAUCCCUCGGUGCUCCUGCUUGAUGAGCCACUGGAGGGACUGGCCACGCAUGAGUCACAGCAGUACUUGACGAUUUUGUCGAAGCUGGCGGCACCGUCCGUAGCUGAUGCCGAGGCCCGCCACGUCAUGCGUCAGGCCAUGAGUGCCGCCGCUGCUGCCGCUGCUGGUGAGGGUGGCGCAUCCACUCGUGUCGCCGUUAAUCUUGCCACAACCUCCGGUGCGGCGAAUGUGUCUCUAUACACGCCGCGUCACAGCAGGCUGCGCUUCGGCGCGCCGGCGCGCCGAUCGACACCGAGGCCCGCGUCGCCUACUGAUGCCCCCAUCACCACCGCCGCGACCUCUACUGAUCUGGCGAGCAGGGCCGAGGCUCAGCGUAUCGUCGUGCUGUCGAUGGUGCAGCCGCGUUGGGCGCUACUGCAAUACGUUCACGAUGUCGUGCUGCUCGAGCGCAGCCGCUGCAUCUUUGCUGGCUCGGUGCAGGACAUGCUGGCGGUGAAGCUGCCCAAGGACGUAAUGCGGGCGAGUAUGGCAGCGAGAGCGAAUGGCGGCGGGGAGCUAACUGAUGAGCCAGGCAGCCGCGCCGCUGGCACCGCCGCUGCCGUACCCUCCACGCCGCCUCGCAACCUCUUCACAGCAGCCCCGGCUAACUCCUACGACGCUGUCGAUGCAUCUAUUCAGCAUCAGCGUCUUGGUGAGCGGAUUGUGCACGGGUUAUACCGCCUUGCCACAAGCACGACGGCUCCCGCGGUCGGCGAUGACGGCUCUGAAAGUGAUGAAGGCGACGCGGCGGCGGCGGCGGAGUCGGGGUUCGCUCCCAUCAUCAACGCCGAGGGCCACUUAGAUGCACCGGUGUCGCGCCGAUCCGUGGCGGCUGCGUUGGCUGCCUCAGCGUCAUCAUCUCUCUUCAUUGGCGUGAAUGCAGACGGACCCCCAGCUACGGCGCUGAGCCACAUGUACGCACAUCGGCAGGCACGCAUGCGUGCCAGCGUGACGGCGUACAUGGAGGCCUGUGCGAUGGGUCUUGUUGAGCUGCCAGAGGUGUUCCACGAGUCGCCGUCUAGCGUUGUGCAGCUGCUGCACUUGCUCCGCUUCGGCUUCCUCGAGCUGCGGCACAAUUUUAUUUGGAAUAUCUUUUCGCUGGUAUGCGGACUGGUGCUGACUUCGGUGCUCGCCGCGCUCUACGGCCGUCAAGGCGGCCAGGAGGGCAUGCAAAACCGAGUCGGCAUUGUUUUCUUCCUUGUCAGCUGCGUUGUGCUGCAGGCGGUGCUCUCGCUGGACGCGCUGCGGCGCGAGUACGCGACUUUCCAGCGCUACACUGUUAGCGGCUACUACGGUGUCUGGACGUACCUCGUCUUCCGUGCCAUCACGGCUGCGCUGUGGCGCUUCGGCCUCGCCUCUUUCGUGGCCCUCGCCGUCUUUGUGUUAUCCAACUUUGGGGAUCCGUGGCACGAGUACCGCGGCGUCUUCGAGCUCUCCGUCAUCCUAGCCGUAACCUCUUUCUGCAGCCACUUUGGUGUUUGGUUCCUGUGCACCUGGCUACCCUCCGACCACGUAGGCCGCUUCGUCGUCUUCACCCUCUACACACUCAACAUCAUCUUGGCCGGCCUCGUGCUGAAUCUGCGGACGCUGCCGGAUGCGGUACGGGUCAUUUCAUUUGCCUCGGUGGUGCGUCUCGCCUACGAGUCGUGCAUCCUCACCCAAUUCAUCGGCAAGUCUUUCGGCUGUCAUGACGGCGGCACGGCGGGGGCGAACGGCGCCUCUCCACGUGUGACGACGGCCGCUCCACUUGGCUCAAACGCCAGUGCGCACCAGAAUGGGCGAGCCUCUUCAUUGUCCAUGCAGGGCGCGCCUCGCACACUCGCCGCCGUCCAGACCACAGCGUGCUACACCGGCAGCGAAUACGCUGAGUUUCUCGGAUUCAACCCUUCACGGCGAUGGUCGAACGUCGCUGUGCUCGCCGUCAUGUCUGCGCUGUUGCUCAUGGGCAGCUGGAUCAUGAUGGCGCUGAAUCGUCCGCGGCGGCGGUUCAAGAUGCACCUUUAA